AUGCUGUCUGUUGGGAAAUGCAGGCAGCUGCAGCACGAUCAUCCAGGCAUCCUCCAGGAAGAAGAGCCUGAGAGUGAGCCCCAGCGCUGGAGCCGGAGCCUGAGAGUCGUGUUUCCAGAUGCUGCAGGGAUGGACAGUGGGAAGGAGCCCCCAUCAGCCUCCGAAAGGCCAGAGGAGAGGCCUGGACACAGAGAAGCAUCAGAAGAGGGGCUUCUGGAGCUCAGGACCCCAGAGCAGAGUCAUCUGGUAGACCCAGGGAAGAAGCUGUCAUCUUGGGUCCCCCAGGAAGAGCCCAAGGAACUGCAAGUAGGCCAGGAUCGGACCAAGCCAGAAAAUGAGCUGGGGGCGCUGCCUUCCAGGGUCCCUGCAGCACCUGAAAGGCUUCAGCGGCCGGGGUCAGCGAAGGAGCCCGAGGACCUGCAGGGGAGACAGCAGAACCCAGGGACCAUGGAGGGCCAGGCCCCCAAGAGGUGCCAGGAGGCGAGGGACAUUGGUGAGAGGAAGGAGCUGGACUGCGCCCAGACGCAGCCUCAGGAGCCCACGGCGACCACGGGUGUGCAGAACCAGGGGAGCAGCAGCUGGCAGAGCUUCAUGAGGUGCUUGCUGGAGGUGGAGGAGGAGGAGGCCACGCAGCGAAGGGCCCCCAAGGCUCGAGCCCUGCCAAGCCGGAAGUCUCCCAGGACCCUGACCCCGGUGUCCACCUCAGCCUCAAGCCUGCCUCUGACGCUGCCUCAGACCCCGGCCUCGGCCCCCACGGCACCCCUUUCCUGGGCUCGGCCACCAGCCCCCGGGCCGGCCCCUGCCCCCGUGGGAGCCCCGGCCCCAGCCUCUGCACCUGGCACGGUCCUGCCGGCGCCCGCCCCAGAGGCGGGCUGGAGAAAGGCAGCACUCCUGCACCAGGGCGGCGAGAGGAGCCUGAGCCACGCCAAGGCACGGCAGGAGCUGGAGGAGGGCAGCCCGCUGCAGCUGCCUCAGAACUGGGAGGAGCUGGUGGAGGAGCACCUCACCCUGAAGCAGGAGGAAGCCUUCCACAGCUACUUCGAGAUCUUCAGUGGCCACGGCGAGGUGGACGCACGCAGCCUGGAGAGCGUCCUGCUCCUCGUGGGCAUCUCCCUGACGCCGGCCCAGGUGGAGGAGGCCCUGAUGAGCGCCGACGUGGACGGAGAUGGUCACGUGGGCUUCAAAGACUUCUUGGCCGUAAUGACGGACACCAAGCGCUUCUUCUGCUCCGUGGAACAGAACGCCUCGACGGACGUGGCUCCCCCGAAUCCCCACACUCUGCUCUUCGAGAUCCUGUCCCUGCUGGUGGAGAUGCUGGCCUUACCCGAGGCAGCCUUAGAGGAGAUCACCAACUAUUACCAGAAGAAGCUGAAGGAAGGCACGGGUAAGACCCACGAGAUGGAAUCAGCCAUAGGCCGGCUGCGGUCCCGGAAGAAGCUUCCCUACAACCCGCAGCUGGCAGACACCUUGGAAGUCCCAGAACGGAGGGUCCUCAGGAUCCUGAGUCGCCUGAAGCAGCAGAACUAUGCUGCCAACCUGCAGAGCCCCUACGCCCAGGUGCCCUGCGUCCCACUCUGCCCGAGGCUGGACAAGAUGGUUGGCAGGAAGCAGGGCAGCCACUACGUGCUGGACCAGUGCAACCCCAUCGGCCUGGGCUCCGACAUCCAUAGCCUCCUAAUCCAGCCAGGAUCUCGAGGAAGCAGGUAGGUGCCUGGAGACUAGAGGGCCCCAGCCUGGGCCC